AUGCCUUACAAUCGCGAUGUAGUCGUCAGUUGCAUCGAGAGGCACUAUGAUUUGCUCGUGCGCAUGGCCUACCUCGACCCGGACACGAUCCUCCGCCCGCCGCCUGAAGGUUGGACUGAUGAGCAGCUCGCUGUUGACACAUUACAAGAGUGGAAACGGUCGGACAGAGUCAUUGAUCUCUUGCGUCACUUGCCUUAUCUGAGCAAGAAUAUGGGUGACUCUAAAUACGAGGUCUAUAUUGUAACGGAAGCAUGCAAUUACCUUCGCAAUUAUGGCUGGCUGAAAGAUGCGGACAAAAAGAAGGCUAUCAGGCAUACGGACCAAGGGAUAAUCUGGCCCAUGGGACCGUUCAUUGUAGACCGUAGUGCACCAGAUGACCAGUUUUGGCGGCAGGCCGCAAAGCCUCGAGAGGUUCAGCAGUACUUCGAUGAGCUCUACGACGAGAUCGAAACCUUGGUCACCGUUCCUGUACCAUUGACGCGAGGUAGCGAUGCAUGGUACAACGAGAUGGUGGAUCAUCGAGACAACAAUGCAAAGGUGAGUGCGAUCCUCUCGGCGAACGUGACCGGAAGACUCAUCAAGCAAAUGAACAGCUACCCAAGCGCUUGCUGA